AUGCCGGUGGACCUUACCAUUGGAUCCGAUUUCACCUUUUUUUCUCUCCAAGUUUUGCACGAGAGUUUGAAUAAGCAGAUAAUUCAUCUCCUCAGGACUAGCAACAGGUCUUCUCUAUUAAGUAAUUGGGGUGCCGGCAUCAAAUUACACGUAUAUUCUUCUGGGAAUCCAAGAUUUGAUAGGUACUCUGCAACCACAUGAGGAAGAAGAUGAGGACUUCUCUACCUUUUGAAGUGGCACACUAGCUAUUUGUAAGGUAUGGAAUCCACGAGCUAAUGAAGAAGGAUACUCUCCAUCGGUUGUUGAGGUCGUGAGAAUUAUAGAUGAAAUUUUGAAUUUGAUGUUUUUUAAAUAUCGAAUAUGGAUGAAAAUUUAUGGAUUUAGUGUAUGUCGAAUAUGGAUUUAACAGAUUGAAUUUUAUGGAUUUACUUUUAUAUUUGUUGGU